AUGUUUCAUCUUUUCGUCUUAUUUGUUAGCUCUCGAAAUAUCACAAUUUCGAAGCGGGGUCAAACAUCAAAAUAUACUAUCUAUUAUCCUAAAACAGAACGCGGCCAACAACCAUGGUGGCGUACAGCAGCACGCGAGAUGCAAGCAGGAAUCAAAAACAUCACCGGUGAAGUUAUUCCAAUGAUCACGGACGACAACAAACUCGAAGGCAAAGGCAUUUUUAUUGGUCCUACUAAGUAUUCUAAAGAAAUGACAACUUUACGUUUUACAGAUUUAGGUCUUGAUGCAUAUGAGAUCCGAUUUGUUGGUGACGAACAUCUUAUUAUCAACGGUGGUUCACGUGGUACUAUUUAUGGUGUCUAUGAACUUUUAGAACAAUAUGCUAAAUUUCGUUUUUACACUACAUGGAUGGAAAUCUAUCCAUCUGCUGAAGAAUUCAAUGUUGAUUCUGAAAUAAACAUCAGUGAUGUUGCCGCUUUCCAACUUCGUCAAAUGUGGAGUACAGAUACAACACUCAACUUUUACCACGGCAUCCGUAAACGAUCUAAUGCUGGAGAUCAAGGUUUAGGAGAUGAUUAUGGUGGAUUCAGAUGGUCUACAUUUGGAGUUCACACUUUUUGGGCUCAAAUGCCAAUAAAAGAAUAUCCACCUGAAAAAUAUCCUAACAUGUGGGCUGUGUUACCAAAUGGAGAACGAUCUAGAAGUGCUCCUUGUCUCUCAAAUCAAGAAGCGUUUGAUGUGAUUCUUGCCAAUAUCCUUAAAGAAGUUGCUAAAGAUAAUACAUCAUCAUUUAUCGAAGUUGGACAUAACGAUGAUUUUGAUCAUUGUCAUUGCGAUGACUGUAAUGCUAAGAAAGCCAAGUACGGUGAUAGAUUCUCAGGGGUUAUGCUGGAUUUCGUGAAUCGUUUGGCGGAUCAAAUAAAACCAAAAUAUCCAAAUCACAUUAUCAAAAUGCUUGCAUAUUAUAUGACAGAGGAUCCUCCAUUUAAUAUUGUCGGAAGAGAUAAUGUUGGUAUUAAAUUAUGCCCACUCGGAAAUGAUAUUGGUCGUCCAGUUAAUGAAUCCAAAGAUCCAUAUACAAUGAAAUUCACAGAAAAACUAGUAAAUUGGUCGAAAGUUGUCAAACAUAUUCAAAUUUAUGAAUAUUACACGAAUUUCAAUUAUCCAAUGCAUAUAACUCCUAACCACCUCAUGAUUGGAAAGAACUUACAGUAUUACGCUCAAUUCCAUGUCGAUGGUUUCAUUGGCGAAGAUACAAUGGGCUGGCUGAAAAACCCCACGAGAAUUAUCCAACACACUCAUAUGACAUAUCUCAGGCAGUAUAUUGAGUCUAAAAUGUUGUUUUAUCCUGAAAGGUCUCUUCGAUAUUACGAAGAUGAUUUCCUUUAUGGAUUCUACGGUGCAGCAGCCGCAGCUUAUGUUAGAAGAUACUUAGACGCAUCUACAGAACUUGUUUAUUUCAGGCCUGAUGCAAUGGUUAACUGUCUUGGAGGUCCAAUAUCGAGACCACAGAGCGAUAAUUUCAAUUACUAUGCGAGAUAUCUAUGGAGUGAAGCCGUAAAAGCUGCAAUGACAACUGGAACAGAAAAACAAAUAUUUAAUACAUUAAUGGGAGAAAUACCAGCAAUGAACACAGUUUAUACCAUGGAGAAAGGAAAAUCAUGGCCAUUAAUUGUUGACUCCAAAGGAAGAGUCAGAUGCAAAGGUGCACAAUUUGAAGAAAUUGCAACAAAAAUUUUGGAUAGGUGCCACAAUAUAUCAUAUGUUGAUCCUUACACAAAAGGAACAUGUGCAAUCAUCAGAUUCCUUGAUACAGAAGGCCCAGCUGUUUAUGCAGAUUAUAAGUUGUACAGUGAAGGUGUUCCAGCAAUCAUUCUUAAAUCAGGUAAACUAAAAGCAAUUUCAGGUGAAGAACCAGCAUAUGGAAAAGUUUUCUCUUUUACCAAGAAUGGAGAAGAAUACAUUGAUAAUGUCGAAUGUUUAGAUUUCUGUAUGUUCCGUACAUUCAAGAUCACCGGUCACAUCAACUACAACAUGAAACUUAUUAAAAACACAGACACAUAUGCCCAUUUCAAAUAUGAUCCAUCAGACUAUACACUUGAGAAAACAUAUACAUUAAAUGAUGACAAAUUAACAAUCAAUGUUAAGUAUCGAUACAAAGGAUGUAAUACAUGUGGUGAUUUCAAAGGACGUCCAACAUUGUCAGUUCCUCUUGACUUAGGUGACAGCAAAGAUGUUUUCUACAAGUUAGGUGAUGGUCCAUGGGUUCGUCCAAAAUUUGAUGUUGUUGCUACAUUUGUUAAUCACUUUGGUCAUAAUCUUAAUGGCGAAAAAUCAUUCUCCAUCUGCAAUGGUCGAACUCGGAAAGGUAUGCGAUUUGAAUUCACACAAUCUAAUGUCAACUACUUCUCAUGCUGCUUAAACAAAUCAUCCAAAUUCAUCAAAGUAUACACAGGUCAAUCAUAUCUUCACAUGAGAGUCGGUGAAACAUAUGAAACAUCUAUUUCGUUGUCUCCUCUUGAAAAUGUUCUUGAUUUACCACAGAUUGAUAUGCCAAACUUAGACACAGGAGACAAAACAAUCCAUUAUUAUCCAAUGUAUUAUAUCAAUGACAUUGCAUUCCCUAAUGGUGGAGUCAAUCAACAUAUUCCAGUUGUUGAUGAUCUUUCAUUUGUUGGUAUUUCGUCAUAUGUCAAAACAGGAUUACCAGACAAAGGAAGUAUGCUUUCAAUGUGUGUAGGAAGAAACAUUCCUUGGGUCUACGGAAUGCAUGGUGGAUGCUUCACAUUGCGAAUGAGAGUCCGAUGUUCAGAACGAUCUGGAGAUGGAUAUCCUUGGUGGAUUGGAUAUACAAAGCCUAAUGUUAGCGAUUGGUACACAGGAAGUUCUAAAUCACAAAUUCCUGCCGAAGAUAAUUACUUUUUCAUUGAUUACAAACAAGAACAAGACGCUCAUCCUCUUACAGGAAUGUGGUUACAAGCUACUGCUAUUUGUGGAAGUAUGUAUGUUGAAGGAUUCUAUCUAGAUCAAGACACAAGUUGGCCAAUAACAUUCAAUUAUCCAUACAUAAACUACACCCAUAAUGACAAUCUUAAACCAAUGAAAGAACCAGUGAUGAAAGAAUAUACAACCGAUCAGAGGACAAAAAUCACACCAAUUCCAUACGAACCAAAUAAUUCCCACAAAGUCGGUUUGAUUAUUGGCUUAUGCAUCUUAGCAAUUACCAUCAUUUCAGGUAUUGUUGUUGGUGUUUACUUCAUCCACAAGAAACGAUCCGAAAACAAAUCUGACACCGAAAACGACCGAACUCCAACCAUGAAAUCAAUCAUUGUUUAA